UCCCGCGCUCUUUCUAGAUCUUUACUCGCCUUGCAAGUUUUCUUCUUCUCCACCGUCGGUUUUGCUCCAUUGGAUUCGUCCUUUGCGUAGAAGAGAACCAAGACUAAAAAGUGAGUUUCAAAGCGCGGAAAAUAAAUUUCGAUCCACGGCUCCACGCUAAGUUGCCAGAGUCGGAGUUUCUUGAAUAGAGAUGGUUGGAAAUUUUGGUUCCACGGAGCAGAUUCUAUGGCCGGUUUCGUCUAUUUCUGGCAUCUUCAUGUGCAAAAUCGUAUAUGAAAUCACAGGUCUCAUUAGUAGAGAAUUUUUCAAGGGUUAUCAUAGCCUUAGUAAGCCAACCAAAAUUGAGUGGAAUAAUCGUGGUUUUUCAACAUUUCAUGCUAUCCUUGUAGCAGCCAUUUCGUUCUACUUGCUUGUGCUAUCGGAUCUCUUUAAGGAGGGAACUGCAGUUGGUUCUAUAGUAGAUAGGAAAUCAUUAUUGUCUGAUUGCUUAUGUGGGAUUUCCAUUGGUUAUUUUCUUACGGACUUGGGGAUGAUCCUUUGGUAUUUUCCUGCAUUAGGCGGCGUGGAAUAUGUCUUGCAUCAUGUGCUGUCCAUGUACGCAAUAGUUCUAUCUUUGAUAAGUGGGCAAGCACAAUAUUACAUUCUUAUGGUUCUGUUUUCAGAAAUAACGACUCCCUUUGUGAAUCUAAGAUGGUACCUUGAUGCCUAUGGCCAGAAAAGUUCUAUGCUUUACAUUUUCAAUGGUGUAGCUUUGUUCCUUGGAUGGCUGGCUGCAAGAAUCCUUCUCUUUAUCUUCUUUUUUGCCCAUAUGUAUCUACAUUUUGAUAAGGUGAGGACAAUAUUUCCUUUAGGAUUCUACAGCAUUCUGUCAGUUCCUCCCGUGAUUGCAGUGAUGAAUGUCUACUGGUUCUUGAAAAUCUUCAAGGGCAUGGUUAAGACCCUCUCAAGAAAGAGACACGCACAAUAAAUACGCGUUCCUUUGUCUUGGAACAAUCAGCGAUUAUGAUGUACAUUUUUGUUUUUGAAGUCUUAAACCCAAUGCCGGCGUUUGUUCAGCCAGCUUUUAACAAAAAUUACUUUCUGAUUCUAUAGAAAGUAACAUUGUAUGAAACACGCUCUAUGCAAGUAAACUAGAAAUUCGAAUUAUUAAAGUUUUGUUU